GAGGACCAACUUUUAGGAGGCAAGUCAGUCGGCACUGGCACAUCUGUUCAUACCACAGAUUCAAAAUGAGUCUCUCUGCUAAGGACAAGGAAACCGUGAAGGCCCUUUGGGCUAAGGUCUCUCCAAAGGCUGCAGACAUUGGUAAUGAGGCCUUGUCUAGAAUGCUCCUGGUCUAUCCUCAGACCAAGACCUACUUCGCUCACUGGAGUGACCUGACACCUGGUUCUGCUCCUGUAAAGAGCCAUGGAAAGAAAAUCAUUGGAGGACUUGGUCUGGCUGUUGAAAAAAUUGACGAUCUUUUCGCCGGCCUGCUCAACCUCAGCGAGCUGCAUGCCUUUCAACUGAGAGUUGAUCCUGCUAACUUCAAGGUCUUGUCCCACUGCAUUCUUGUGGUGAUUGCCAUGCUCUUCCCCAAGGACUUCACACCUGAAGCACAUUUGGCCUUUGACAAGUUCCUUGCAAGAGUGGCACUGGCUCUGUCUGACAGAUAUCGUUAACCAGUUUGACUGUUGUUAAGUGACUCGAAAACCAGCUUGAAUGUUGUCUUGCUGAUUUGGUCAACAACAUGGCCUAAUAAAAUAAAAAAGUCUUGAGACCCUAAAA